AUGCUCUCCAAUAUCUUCAGGCAUGGAAUACGGCAAAUGUCGACAGCGACACCGUCGGGCGUCGUGUCUGGAGGCUACGCCUUCUCCAAGACGGCCAUAAUACACCCGGAACCAUUCACCGCACCCCCGAAAGCCUUGCAGGAGGGCAAAGGUCUGAUGGCUUACCUCCAAAAAAGCCUCCCGACGCAGGACAAACAACGUCUCCUCCGAACGUACUUCUCGAGGACCUCGCCCUCGCGUCUGCAGCCCGGAUCUAUCAUCACCGUCACAAUGGAACACGCGCCCACCAAUUUUACGGGUGUCCUGCUGGGAAUUCGAAGGAGGGGAGUGGAUACGUCGUUCCUGCUGAGAAAUAUCAUACAGAGGACGGGCGUGGAGAUGCAGGUGUUUGUGAACUCGCCGCAUUUGAAGGAUAUACGGGUAGUGCAGACGCCGCCGAAGGGCAGGAUGCGGAGAGCCAAGUUGUUCUACCUCAGGGACUCACCUGAGAAGAUGAGCACGCUGGCUAGCAAUAAACGGUGA